AAGAUCCUGUUCGCUUCGGUACGCUUCUGACGGCGUCAAUAUUGCCUCCUGCAUCUGCAUCGAUGGCUCGAUAUCUCUCCUCCCGAUCCUUAAUCCGGUCGCCGGCAGCCUUCACGUCGUUCUGCCCCGCCUUCCUCCCCUCCCUCGACGCCUCCCACCUCCUCGCAGUUCGCUGUCGAUCCAACAUCCCUGCCGAUGUGAACAUCGUGGAGAUCGAUCUCGACGCCGACGGCGCGCCCGGAUCGAGCGAGAUUGAAACCCUACGAAGGCGCCGCAUCGUUGAUGACGCUAUCCACGGCAUGAUAGUCCGACAUUUCGCUCCCGAUUGGCUCCCGUUCGUCCCCGGCAGAUCCUAUUGGGUCCCCCUCCAGAAGCGACCCUACCGCGUCACCGAACUCAUCGCUAGUCUUGCGGACGCCAAGCUUAAGGAUCCGAAGCCCAGAAACUUGCUCUCGAAGGAGGAGAAGAUGUCGCUUACCACCGAGAGGGGUUGGCCGUCUUCGGCCUAUUUCUUUGGGAAUCCGUCUCCACAAGUGAAGAGCCCACAAAAAUCGGCCAAGGCACAAACUGACGACGAAGACAACUGAGCCUCAUCUGAUACUCAAGGGACCCUGCUCCAAUGUACACAUGCCAACAAUACUCCCAACUUGGUUGCACAUUUGAAGGAGGUGGAAGCUUUUGGCAAUUGGCAGUUGAUACAUCAAAGCAAACAUUGUUCAAACCUUAUCUCUUUAGCCUCCAAAACAAUGACAAAAAUAAUGUCUUUGUAACUUGAGAAUGAUGUGUUUGUCGAAACUAUUGCUUCCAUUAUCUAUUUUGUUCAUCUCCCAUUAUCCCAUGUAUAUAAAAUGUGCACCAUAUUCAACUUUGUUAUGCAACGCCUUCAUGCAUAAA